UUCUGGGGAAAUGUGACAUCGUUUUUGCCUGUAUGAGAGCCGAAGACCCUUACCUGGCAUGAUAUUCGCUUUUGGAUUCAGAAUAUAUACUUGUUAUAUGCUUCGUUUCAGAACUGGUGAAUCAUGAACUUCAAGUGUUACGGUUCAAAUGAAUAUUCGCCGGACGGUGGCAGUUUUCAAGCUUCGGCGUCGAAUAUGAAGUCCCAGCCAAUGCAUCAGUCGCUUAGUCCAAACGGCCUAGCCACGUACGAUUGGCUACUGGCUCCUUCUUCGCCGCCCCCUUUUCAGGGUUAUGUUACACCUCCAGCUUCGCAAGAACAUAGCUGCUCGUUUCGUCUUGCGGUGCUAGAUGAGUGUUACCAAAGCCGGUUUUGGGGCCGAGCUCUAGAAUUCUACCUUCUGGAGGAUGAGCAGCACGGUCCCCUAUAUAGGUGUCUGAUGGCGUCUUGUCCAGAGAGAGAUUUCAAGGACCCCAAGGCCAUGCUCCGACACCUGAAGCAUUGUAAACUCUUUCCAAAUGGCAAGUUCUGGUGUCCCACAUGCCAACAGGUCGACUCGUUCAAGGUCGUCUCCAAGAAACAGUGUUCGUGGGAUAAAGUCAACUUUGCCCGCAAACUCUUUCAGAAGUCCAUGAAAGCGUUGCAAAAAAUCUCUGGAAAUCGUGGGCAGCCGCACUGCUUCUGCUCUUGUCACCUAUCGCGGAGUGAUGCGCCCAGCAAGGGCCUGCUAUCACCUUCCGAGCUUCCUAUACCAUUCAUAGAAUCUGAAGAUACGUUCGAUCCAUUCCAGCAGGUCACAUCUGCCGCGUUUGAGCUUCCGAAUACCACGAUCUCUGAACUCGGCGAGAUGACUCGGAAAUCGCAGUAUCUGAGCAAUCAAGGGGUAGCCAGACACCCGUCAUACAAUGGACCAAUUACCCCGGAAACGCCCUGUCACCAGAUAUCCCCCUCUGAGCUGUCGUCUGCAUCGUUGGGUCAAUCGGGCUAUGCUAGUAAUAUCUCCCCUGCACCCACUAGCCAUACACACGAGUCUCCGGUAUUGAGCCGCUUCCCCGCAGAGGGCAUAGCCAUCGCCACGCAGCCGCUCCCAGUAGCUCCAGAAGGGAACCAAAUUAGUCGUCGCAGUGAGGUGCCGCUUCUGACAGUAGACACCCGCCAGUCUGCUCUGCCGAGCAUACCACUAACCCCAGAUUGGGGUUUCAAUAUGCUGCUUAAUGAAGGAGAAACUCUGGGUCCCUUAACGGACAUGGAUGGGCUAGGUAUUGCCGAUACUAACCCAAUCAUCAUCUCACAAUCAAAUGAGGUUCUCCCAUUCAAUACUCUCCAUUUUCCUAACGAAUCUCUCAUUCCGCAAGAGAACUCAGGGCCUCGCCGUUCUUCAUCCACAUCUGCACCUUCUCAAUCCAAUAGCGACGUCUCUCCCUCCUCCAUGUCUUCCGGACCUGACCUCCUCCAAUGUCCCCAUGCUGGCUGCGACUUCAGACCCACCGGUAGGCCUGAGAACCAGCGGCCAUACAUGCGGAAGCAUCUGAAGACCCAUCAAAGUAACGCGAUCCCCUGCGAAUACUGCGAUAAGUCCUUCACGCGACAAGACAACCUCACCAAUCACAUUCGCAAGGCUCACCCGGAAUUCCUUGUCAAACGGCGCCGAAUCAGCUUGGAUAGUCUUAGGUCAGCGGGCCAGCCGAAGCGGAAGGAGUCUCGUAGAGAAGCACAAAGGGCGUUAUGAUGUGCGGCUCCCUCAAAGGUUUACCAGUUUUUCCUCAUGGGUUAUGUGACAUUCUUAUGAAGGGAAGUGGCUUGUAUCACCAGUUGUUAAAUUCUCAAAUGCUGUAGAGUUAGUUCUGCCCGCAUUCAUGCGAGAAUGAAUUCAUUUAGUGUAUGAUGAUCACUAUGAAGACAACAUGCUCGCAAAAUAUUUA